AUCUUUUAUGCAUUAAAAUGAAUAUUGUAUAUCACCCACGGAAACUGAUGCAGAUGAGGUUAAUGAAUUACAUCCAGAGCAUAUAUCGAACAUGAUACUUUUUCUUUAUUUUUGCAGUGCAUGCAGUAAGAUAGCAAAUGGACCAUAACAGUAAUGCAGGUUUAGGCAUUGAACCUCGUUAAUACUUGUCCACGCGAUCGUGGAUUGGGGGUAAAAGAGUGUUUGGUUUUUUGGAGUGUGUUCCUAAUUUGGAGCACGCUUGAUUGAAGCCUGGGAGGUAAGCAGGGUAAGGCUUCAUAAUUUAGGCGCUUUGCCCUAUCGGUACCACUGUGCUGUUACGCUGUGCUACUCCUUGUAGAGCAAUUAAGUGGAGAGAACAGGGAGGGGGGAGAUUAAGUAAGUAGGCCAAGGGACAGGAGGCAGAGUUAGGGGAUCAAUUUGGUCAGAUAAGCGCAGAGAUGCGCUGCAUUAACUGCCGUAACUUUCAGUGGAGUGGUAUAGCCCACUUUGUGUAGAUAAAGUCAGAAACUAGGCCGCCCAUAUACCCAGCAGAGUAGGGAGAUGCCCAGUCCGGUCAAUAGGUACCCAGUAACUAGGCCAGAUAGACCCGUUGACCUAUGCUAGACUCGGAUCAUUAUACAAAACUAGGCCGCCCAUAUAACCAGCAGAGUAGGGAGAUGCCCAGUAGGGUCGAUAGGUACCCAAUAACUAGGCCAGGUAAACCCGUUGACCUAUGCUAAACUCGGAUCAUUAUACAAAAUUAGGACGCCCAUAUACCCAGCAGAGUAGGGAGAUGCCCAGUAGGGUCGAUAGGUACCCAAUAACUAGGCCAGAUAAACCCGUUGACCUAUGCUAAACUCGGAUCAUUAUACAAAACUAGGCCGCCCAUAUACCCAGCAGAGUAGGGAGAUGCCCAGUAGGGUCGAUAGGUACCCAAUAACUAGGCCAGGUAAACCCGUUGACCUAUGCUAAACUCGGAUCAUUAUACAAAACUAGGCCGCCCAUAUAACCAGCAGAGUAGGGAGAUGCCCAGUAGGGUCGAUAGGUACCCAAUAACUAGGCCAGGUAAACCCGUUGACCUAUGCUAAACUCGGAUCAUUAUACAAAAUUAGGACUCCCAUAUACCCAGCAGAGUAGGGAGAUGCCCAGUAGGGUCGAUAGGUACCCAAUAACUAGACCAGAUAGACCCGUUGACUUAUGCUAGACUUGGAUCAAAAUACGCAGUGAGGGAAUAAAAAGGAUCAUGAUAAUAGAACAUGAACACUGGGGAAAAUAAAGUAGAAACUUGCUUUGCUUGGUAGCUGCUGUCCGGCUUAUAGCACGGUAAGUGCACGAGUGGUGAACCAAACCUCUGGCCUUAGUAACUGGUGGGUCUGUUGGAGAGGAAAAAUUUAAAAUAAAAAAUAAAGUUCAGUGGUGAAACAUACUUUGUGUCUGCAUGAGAAGUAGAGCACUAUGAAGGAAGAAAGUUACCAAAAUCAAAGUAUGUACAGUCUUAGCCGUUGGGAGUGGGCUUGGAUGCAGGUAGCUUGCCACCAGCAGGGAUGAAGGGUUGUAUUGCAUCGACAUCCCAGUGAUGUGCUUCUUGCGUGGGACAUUGUUGCGGCUUAGCAGUGGCAAGGCAAAAGGCUAGUAGGAAAGUCUUAGAUUCUGAGAUGUCCGUAAGCCUGUGGGUUGCUCCGUUCGUGAGACUUUUCUCUAACUCCUGUAUAUAUCUCAAGCAAUGCAUUCUAACAGGAAUAUUUACUAAAGUAGCAAUUCAAAGUGAAUUUCAAAUUAAAAGGAACACAAGCGUGUAUUCCUGACACUUAAGUGUUGAAAUCACAAUUUAUGCUCCUGGCCCCCUUACCUCAAUUUAAAGAGUAAAAACUCACCUUUUUCCAGCGUCGCGCAGGUCUGUUGCUCUGCUUCCUUGGCUGUGAUCAUCAAAAUGGAUGAUCCCAGCCAAUCCACUGCUAUCCAAUAGGAAAGCAUUGGGAGACUAUUGCACAUGCAAAACACUGCACAGCACCAAUCAGCAACUGCCCAAACAGAUGCAUUAAAUCAAUGCAACUCUAUGGGGGAACAUUCAGUAUCUCCAUGCAGAGCGUAGAGACGCUAAAUGUCAGUGCUACACACUGUGCAGCACUGCCCCAGGAAUCACCUCUAUUGUCCAUCUGUGGCUCACCAGAACAACUACAUUAAGCUGUAAACUAUACAUUAAGCUGUAGUUGUUCUGGUGACUAUAGUAUCCCUUUAAGAUCAGAGUAGCCAAUCUGUAAGCAAACCUAACUCAGGGGGUGAUUAAUAAUAGAACCAAAAACCAAACUAACAAAAAUAAAACAAACACACAAAGAUCUUAUAGAGUUUAUUUCCUUACCAUAGCCCCCCCCCCCACCCGCCAAUUCAUGCAUUUCAGACUAAAAAUUCCACAUGGUUUUCAAUUUUUUAUAUUUUCAUUACAGAAAGAGAUUGGCCUGUGAAUACUUUUAAUGACCUUGUUCUUAUUUUUCAUCGUGAGAUUUCUGUUCCAUUUUGAUCUAGUGUAUUGUACGUUGGUUUUGUUUUCCGACCUUGUGUGUGCUAUAUUAAUAGAAAUCAUUUCUAUUCUCAUUUCCAUCCGCGAUGUGACAGCCGCCUGCGGGGGUAAACUGGAACAGCACACAGAGAGGCGAGGGGUCAUAUAUAGUCCAGCCUGGCCCCUAAACUAUCCGCCUACCAUGAAUUGCAGCUGGUACAUACAAGGAGAUCACGGCGAUGUUAUAACAAUAAGGUAAAGUCAUUUGCAUCUUGUCAUAAGUGUUACUGCAGACAACCGUUAAUACAUUUAUCAGUAGAGGGAAAAAAUUAUUGUAAGGAAACCAAGUGCAUUUAAACCUCAAUCGGUAGUUUCCUCCCGAACCGCCAGAGCCUAGUGAACAUAGCCCUCCGUUCGGUAGUUAUGGUAGACGAAUCCCAGUGUAAUUCCAAUAGUGUCCCUGGAUAAUUCCCUCAGUAAAACACACAAACUCCCAAACAGCAUACGUAGUCAGAAGAAGGGUACAAAGAUGAGCUAAGGAUUUACUGACAGGCAUUCUCUUUUUAUGGGAUUCUGCCCAUGCAAGGGAGCCUCCCAUAUAAUUAACUGUAUAACCAAUCAUAACAAUAUACAUACUGUACAUCUCCUCCCCUCAGAUAACCAUUUAACACAAUCAAAAUGGAACAUAAUUUCCCCAAAGUCUGGAUGUACCCCAAGGACUAUAUCCCCGAAUAGCUGUACUCUGGGGGACCAACAUAUGAAAAAAUCAGUCCAUUCGGUUCAGCCAUUCGGGAGAUAUGGGACUCAGAAGUUUUGACCGACUGCACGGGCAAAGUAGCCGAAAACGGUUCCACGAUUUCUGGCCCUGCAGUCGGUCUUAGGUCGCAUGAAAAACCUCCCGAACGGCCGGCCAUCCAGCUACCAUCCAUGGUUCGCUUGACUCCAGUGAGUCUGUCAGUGUUCGGGAGCUAAAAUGGCCGCGAACACGUGGAAGUCCCGAAAUGGCGGCGGUGCAUACCGUUCAUGCAGAACUUUUGUCGAACAUGCCCAGCAAGCAGGGAGGUAAAGUAUUCAUAAUAGGCAACGGGGUGGUCUCGAUUCGGUAGUUUUACCUACCGAAUGCCAUAGGGAAAGCUAACAUGAAAUAAGGGAAUACAAAUUGUCAUUUUAAAGCCAAAUAGGGGAAUUUCUUCACAAUUAUGUUGUGCUUUUAUUUUUUUAUUUUUUGUCAAUAUUUCUUUAUUGAGUGAUAUAAAGAAAUUACACAGCCAAUUCUGUAAAACCAAUACCGUAUUUUAAUACAAGGAAGAUAGUCGAUUUGCCUAGUUCAUACCAAUAUUAAGAAUUACUCGGCUUAUCGUUGCCUUUUCAAAGAAUGAUAGCUGAGAAGAUAAUACAACUUAUAAGAGUAUAGAAACCACAGGGAGGCCACCUAUCGGAAGGAGAUUUAUAAAUAUCGAGAAUACGGGGUGCAAAACAAGGAGCACGAAAUGUAAUCCUGAGAGAGAGCCAUCAAGAUGUAGAUUUUUACAGUCAAUAGAUUCCUGUACUAGGUAAGGUUAGGACAAUCCUACAAAGUCCAAAUAGUAUAGCAAAGAAGUGGAACCAAACCAUCACCACGAAUCCAGGAACAUGUAGUGCCCAAGUCUUUCCCCUUGGCGGGUCUGUGCGGGGACUCAGAUUAUAGGCUACGACAUCUCCUCCAAAAGGCAUUCCAUGGAUGUGGUUGAUGUAAUCCCAAGUGGCUCUCAGCCUGGGAUGGUGUGACUAUGGCUGGAGUACUGGCAGGCAUACCAGGUAUCCGAAGAUUUCAUCCGUGCUGUCACUUACCCCCAUCUAGAAGGUAUGUAUCAGGCCUUGUUGGAAUUGGUCGUUGGUACAACUGAGCCAAGAACUUCAGGGUAAUCAAACUAGAGAAGUAUAUCCCUUGAUGGCGAUUUCCAAAGUUGUGCCUCCGUUCCGAUGCACAGUCCAUGGCCCAGUUUAGUGAGCCGACUCCACAGUGGGGACCGGGAUAACUCCCACAGUUCAAAAGGGGGGGGAAGCGGGACACCCAAAGAGAAACACCACAGCUAGAUGCGUUGGAUCCGAGGCGAGGUAUCAACCGCCUCCCUCAUCAAGGCUGCAGCCGUAGAAACCUUAGGCAAAAUAGGAACAGCAGUCUGCCGUCUAAAAGGGAGAGGCUGUAGUGUUUUUUCUAGGGUAAUCAUGUGGAUAAUCAGCAAUAAAGUAGCUGAAUAUUUGCCAAACUCGUAAGAAUUGCUGAGGAGUUCACUUGCUGUGCAAACAUCUGGCACGGCAGUCAAUCCCCGUGCCCAGUUCUAUGCUUUAUUUUAUUUUUUUUAAUUUUUAAUUUUUUGUUUUGUUUUAAAAGAUACAUACACAUUUUCUUUUUAAAAAGUUAAAGGAACACUAUAGGGUCAGGAACACAAACAUGUAUUUCUGACCCUAUUGUUAAAAACACUAUCUAUCACUCCUGCCCCCCACCCCCCCUCUUCCGCCCUCCUAAAUAUAGUAAAAUCUUAACUUUAAUCUAGUCUGCUGGUGCUGACAUCAUCAGAAGUGGUUAUUUCAGCAAAUUACAAUGCUUUCCCAUAGUAAAGCAUUUGAUUUGUUAAGAGUUUCAAUUAUGAUGAUGCCAAGGAGGUGGGCUAGGGGCCAGAGUCAAAAGCCACCCUGUCACCUUUCCUCAAUACAUCUCUAUGGGGAAAGUUCAGUGUCUCUAUGCAGAUCAGGAGACACUGUGCAGCACUGCCCCAGGAAGCACCUCUAAUAGCUAUCUGAGUAGUGGCCACUGGAGGUGUCCCUGGGGAGCAAUGUAAACCAUUCCUUUCCUCUGAAAAGACAGCUUUUACAGGAAAAUGGCUACAGGUACUGUAGCUGUAGUUGUUCUGGUGACUAUAGCGUCCCUUUAAGUUACAGUCUGGUUUUAUUUUAUAUAAUAUGGUAUUCAAUAAAUAAAUAAAUAUUUAGCUUUUACAAAACCUUAAUAAAAUCGAACAUUAUAAAAUCCUAAAGUGUGGAGUUCCAAAACUCUGUAGCUUCUCAUACAUGCCUAAAGCCUUGCUUGUAUAUUCCAUGUACUACGUGGCUAACCGCCAUUGGUAGACACACAAUCCGCUAAGUUCACUCUAUUUACACUCUUCAUAUAUCGUUGCCCUAAGAGAACCAGAAACACUGUUGGUACCCACUAGCCUACCAAUUACCACCUCAGAGUCUGGGGCGUUGUACUCUGCGUACAUUUUCAUACAUUUUAUAAAUAAAAACCACAGGCCCGAUCAUCCCACAGGUGACCGAAACAUGCUGCAAAACCAUGCUUUGUAGGCAAGUUUUCAAUGUACAUUUGAUUUUGCAUUUCUAUUGUCAAGUGACAUAACACUUAUAUAUUCUGCAUAUUUCUUAUGUUGUCCAAACUUUAACCAUGCAUUAUCAUGUUGUUAUGCUCAUGUCUAAUUAAAAAAACAGAUUGUUAAAAAAAAAUAAACCUCCCAAAGUGCCCCAUUUAUACCAGUGCCUAUCACUCGGUUUGUAACCCUGUGAUAAAAUUUUACAUUUUGUAACGUGCUCUGAAUACAAGCACUGUAUGAGAACUUUACAUUAGAAGUAUGCUGACUGAUGAUGCCUGUUGACUUGCAUUCGACAGUUUUAAGAAUUUUGACCUAGAAGAUUCUCACAAGUGUUCAGUUGACUGGUUGUUGAUCGGCCCAUCUUCGAAACGGGAAGAGUACAAGGUCUGUGGCUCCACCACCCCUCCAGCUUUUACCUCGUCAAGGGACCAUGUCUGGAUAUUUUUCCAUUCUGAUGCUACGAGCUCAGGGCAAUCUCAGGGAUUUCGUCUGUCCUACAUCAGAGGUACGCUGAACACAUAUCAUCCCUUGCUUAUAGCUUAGUGAUGCUAGAGGUUCCUAAUCUUGUCCUCAUGGCCAUCAGUGUCCAGGUUUUGUCAAUAUCCUCCAUAAAAAAGAAUCCUCUACUGUUAUGGGUGUCGUGAGGAACAGGUUGGGGACCACUGAUGUGGUCAUCAGGACUCUUUUCCAUCUGGUGUUUGGUGUGAUCAUAAACCAGGGAUGACGUGAUGUUCUGUGAUGACGUGAUGCUCACUUCAUGUUUGUUUCUUUCUGGGAGAUCCUGACAAUUGACUCUGUUAGGAAAAUAUUCUGAUUGUGUGUCAAUAGUUUGAACAUAGAAAUGCAACGCAUCUAAUAGCUGAAAAGAUCCACUACUAGACCAAAGGGUUUUAGCCUUAAGAAUUAUGGGAAAGAAAAAAGUUAUUGGCUUAUUCUGGGGGGAAAAAAAAGUAUCUAAAAAGUAACUUUUAUUAAAUCGCUAAAACGUGCUUUGUUUUUGUUUUAAUCUCUACAUAACUAGGGCCACUAUAAUAAUAAUUAUUAUUAUUGCCAUUUAUAUAGCGCCAACAGAUUCCGUAGUGCUUUACAAUAUUAUAAGGGGAGGGGGGGGGAGAAUUUAACUGUAAAUAGGACAAUUACAAAAAACGUACAGGAACGAUGGGUUGAAGAGGAUCCUGCUUAAACGAGCUUACAGUCUAUACUACAAAAUAAGGUCAGAGUGGCACACUAGCCCUCCAGAAUAUCUGUUAAUUUGAAACAUAUCACAAGGUUAAAAACAUGCUGUAAUCAGUAAAAUGUGCAAUUUCUGAUGAAGACUCAGUCUUACUGCUACAAAAAAGGACUAUUGUCCCCUCAAUAAUAUUGUAGUUUCUAUAAUCACCACCAGGGGUCUGACUGAGAGUGUCAGCUGACUACUUUUAGCCUGUCAGAGCUCCAACUGACGGUAUGAAUGGGUAUGACAACAAGGAAGUAUCUCUGCCUUAGCUACACAUACAGAAGGAGCCAGACUGUGGGUGGCCAGGGACUCUUAUUGUGUGGCAUACUGCACGAACAUGGUACAACACUGAAUGGAGGGACAGUGCCAGGGUACUCCAGGUACUAUAAUUCAAAUGGUUAUAGUGACUACAGUGUCCCUUUAAUGUAGUGGUUCUGAUGUCUAUAGCCUGUACCUGCACGCUUUUUAAUAUAAAUGAGAAAAUGAAGAGUUUACAUUGCUGCCUGCUAACAUUUUUAGUGGCAGUCACUGAGACGGCCACUAAAGGUGCUUUCUAUUACAGUGCUGCAAUAUGUGCAGCACCUAUGUUCAGCGUCUCCAUGCUCUGGAUACUCCUCUAUGAGGAGAUGCUGAUUGGUGCACUGCAGAAUUUUGUCUCGCAUGCGCAACAACCUCCAAAUGCUUUCCUAUGGGAAAGUAUUGGAUUGGCUGAGAUAAUCAAGAUUGAUCUCAGCCAUGGACACAAUGGAGAAAAGGCGAGUUUAAAACCUUUUAACUCCACUCUUAGUAGGCUGGUGACCUAAAUAGCUUGUCCAACACUUCCAUUAUGCAAACAAAUUUACAAAACUGGAAACAUUCUUCCCAGACCGCUGUUUUCUAUUCCCUACAAACCAAAUUGCAGUGAAUUGAAAUUUGAAUUGUACAGUUUUGGCCAGAAGAACUGGUUUCGAAAAAAAAUAAUUCUCCAUUUCAACAAUAAUCACAGCUUGGCUUAUUUUAAGAUCAGUUCUGCAAUUCGUAUUUUCAUUUACUGCGAUUCGCUGUGUAGUAAAUAGAACCCUUUCAAUUUACAGCACUUCACAUUUUACUGCAUAACCCAGACCGUGAAUAAAUCCCUUGGGGGUUUCUACUCAAUGUGCUUGGGGUGUUAGACAUGUUAUUUUUUUAAAAUCUUUAAAAGUUUUAGAGCCAAUUUUUUUUUUAAUAAUAUUCUAUGGCAUCUAUGCCUGAGUUUAAUGCCAUAUCCUCUGCCAGAAUAAAAAUUUUUUUUAAAAAUCACCUAAUUUUGUGCAAUAAUAUUUCUUCUCCAUUUUUCAUGUAGGAAAAAUAGGUCUGACGUCCUGUCCAGCUGAUGAGUUCCUGUGUGGAAAUGGGAAGUGUAUCCCUAAUACGUGGAAAUGUAAUUCUAUAGACGAGUGUGGGGACAACUCCGAUGAGAGAAACUGCUCAAUACCUUCCACUGAGACGCGCACCAGUCUGUGUCGCGUUGGCACCUUCGCAUGCAGUACGGCGCAGUCUACGCAGUGUCUACCCAACGAGCUGCGCUGUAACACAAUCAAAGACUGCAGUGAUGGAUCGGAUGAGGAUAACUGCCCCGAUCUGUCAUGUGGUGGAAAGCUGAGUAAUUUUUACGGUUCGUUUGCUUCACCAGACUUCUUUCGUCCUGACCACAGCCGGUCAGACAUUCAGUGUACUUGGUAUGUAGACACUCAGGAUAACCGGCAUAUCAUCCUUCAAAUGGAUUUACAGCUGGGAUACAGUGACUUUGUGAAAGUUUACGAUGGCAUUGGUGAGAAAAGUGACAGACUCCUGCAGACGCUAACUGUACGCAACAACAGGCACACGGUUAACGCAGAGUCUCCAAAUGGCCAACUCACUCUGUCAUACCAUGCCCGAUCAAAGAGUACCGGUCACGGCUUCAAUGCAACCUACCAGGUCAAAGGAUUCUGUCUCCCAUGGGAACACACUUGCGGUAGUGAUGAGACGUGCUUCUCCGACAGCCAGCGCUGUGAUGGGUGGUGGCAUUGCCCCAAUGGCAGAGACGAGGAGAAUUGCCCAGCUUGUCAGGUCAACGAGUACCCUUGUGAAGGAGGGAGCGGACUCUGCUAUUCAUCUCUGGAUCGCUGCAACAACCAGAAGAAUUGCCCAGAUGGCUCUGACGAAAAGAACUGUUUUGCGUGCCAACCCGGAAACUUUCACUGUGGCACCAACCUGUGUAUCUUUGAAACAUGGCGCUGUGAUGGGCAGGAAGAUUGCCAGGAUGGGAGCGACGAACAGGACUGCCUUGUUAUUGUGCCUAGAAAAGUCAUUACAGCGGCACUCAUUGGGAGCCUCGUGUGCGGAUUGCUAUUGGUUAUAGCUUUAGGAUGUGCGUUCAAACUCUAUUCACUGCGGAGCAGGGAGUACAGGUGAGCAGAUUGCAGUGUUAGGUCUAGAUUCGAUGUACUACUAAGCAACAUGUCUGAGGUGGAGAUUGGAGUGUCCCUUUAAUAAUAUAAACCCAUCCAGAAUAACUAACUGUAACCUAACCUACACAGUGCAUCUAACGUGUGUGGGAGCCUGGAGUGUCCCUUUAAUAAUAUAAAUCCACCCAGUAUAACUGUAACCUAACCUACACAGUACACCUAACGUGGAGGGGGGUUAGCCUGGAGUGUCCCUUUAAUAAUAUAAAUCCACCCAGUAUAACCAACUGUAACCUAACCUAUACAGUACACCUAACGUGUGCCGUAGUGUAAGUGUGCUUUGUGGUGUUGGCCGUAGGUUGUGUUGGGGGAGACUGUGUGUGUGUGUGGCGGGGGAGUGAUAUGGGGCUGUUGUACUAAUUUCAGAUGUUGCACAUAAGGACAAUGAUGCCUAACAUGUCACCCCCAAUGUUUUCUAUCCUUCAUACUGGCAGAGCAUCAAAUAAAAUGGAGUUCAGAAACAGUUGAUGUGCCACAGUUAGACAUCAGAGGCCCAGGAGAACACACAUAGUACCCACUGACCUCCAUGCCCUCAGUCUGCAUUUUUCACCUGGAAGGGAUACAUCUGAAACCUAAAGGGUCACAGGGUCUCCCUCAGAAGAUCUACUUGUGGCACCAUAACACAUGCCAAGCUGCUGACCCAACUGAGUAGUAACCUCUGCCCCCCCUCCCUUCCACCUCUUAGUAGUUGUAGUUCAAAAGCAUUGGCCUCAUGCAAUUACAUCACUGCACUAGGUCUUACUGAUAAUUGUAGUUUUUCCAUCAGUGGAAUAGAAGAGCGUUCAAACUAAAGUUCUCCGUAUGCUGUAGUUAGCUUUUGAGGAUGCUGGUAACUUGGAGACCGCACACUCCGGGGGAUGCUGGUUACUUGGAGACGGCACACUCCGGGGGAUGCUGGUUACUUGGAGACGGCACACUCCGGGAGAUGCUGGUUACUUGGAGACGGCACACUCCGGGAGAUGCUGGUUAUUUGGAGACGGCACACUCCGGAGGUGCUGGUUACUUGGAGACUGCACACUCCGGGAGAUGCUGGUUACUUGGAGACGGCACACUCUGGGAGAUGCUGGUUACUUGGAGACGGCACACUCCGGAGGUGCUGGUUACUUGGAGACUGCACACUCCGGGGGAUGCUGGUUACUUGGAGACGGCACACUCCGGGGGAUGCUGGUUAUUUGGAGACGGCACACUCCGGGGGUGCUGGUUACUUGGAGACUGCACACUCCGGGAGAUGCUGGUUAUUUGGAGACGGCACACUCCGGAGGUGCUGGUUACUUGGAGACUGCACACUCCGGAGGUGCUGGUUACUUGGAGACUGCACACUCCGGGGGUGCUGGUUACUUGGAGACUGCACACUCCGGAGGUGCUGGUUACUUGGAGACGGCACACUCCGGGAGAUGCUGGUUAUUUGGAGACGGCACACUCCGGGGGUGCUGGUUACUUGGAGACGGCACACUCCGGAGGUGCUGGUUACUUGGAGACUGCACACUCCGGGGGAUGCUGGUUACUUGGAGACGGCACACUCCGGGGGAUGCUGGUUAUUUGGAGACGGCACACUCCGGGGGAUGCUGGUUAUUUGGAGACGGCACACUCCGGGGGAUGCUGGUUAUUUGGAGACGGCACACUCCGGGGGUGCUGGUUACUUGGAGACUGCACACUCCGGGGGUGCUGGUUACUUGGAGACGGCACACUCCGGAGGUGCUGGUUACUUGGAGACUGCACACUCCGGGGGAUGCUGGUUAUUUGGAGACGGCACACUCCGGGGGUGCUGGUUACUUGGAGACUGCACACUCCGGGGGAUGCUGGUUACUUGGAGACGGCACACUCCGGGAGAUGCUGGUUAUUUGGAGACGGCACACUCCGGAGGUGCUGGUUACUUGGAGACUGCACACUCCGGGGGAUGCUGGUUACUUGGAGACGGCACACUCCGGGAGAUGCUGGUUACUUGGAGACCGCACACACUGAGAGGGAUGCUGGUUACUUGGAGACCGCACACACUGAGAGGGAUGCUGGUUACUUGGAGACUGCACACACUGAGAGGGAUGCUGGUAACUUGGAUACCACUUUUUGGGGGUGGACCAGGAUGCGUGUGGGGUGCAGAUCAGGGUAGCAAGUAAAGGAAUUCUUUGGUCUUCCCGCAGGCUGUGCGGCCCUUCUCCUCUCUUUCACCCCAAGGCCAUCUGUGAGAGUAACAUUUUUGUUUGUAUUUUUCUUUUGUUUGUGCCUAGAUAGCUAAAUUUAUUGACACUUACUAUAUCACUCCCCUUCACUAUAUACUCUGAUAGAUAUCCCAGGGGCUAAGGAAGCCAGCUGCAGUGUCUCAUAGUUACAGCUCAGUUAAUUCAGCCUUUUGUCCUUCCAAAGUUGAUGAAAUGUAUACUAUUAAGUUGGGUAACAGUAACAUGUACUUGCAAUCUGGCCAAAUACUAUAUCUGUCAUAUUAUUGUAUCACACUUCUUAAUAUAUGACCCCCUCACCUACACAAUGUGAUUGCUUUCUUUAUCAGAGCAUUUGAAACACAGAUGACGCGACUAGAGGCGGAGUUUGUGAGACGCGACGCUCCACCCUCCUAUGGGCAGCUUAUUGCACAAGGGCUCAUCCCCCCCGUUGAAGACUUUCCAGCAUUCAGUGACUCUCAAGUAAAUACAUUGUAUUGUCAUAUUCUGGCUGUAAGGAGGAUAUGUGGCUGUGAUCUUAUGGCCAUGACGGCAGCUAAUGUAUUACAGCCUCUAUGGUAUUAUAUUGUAAUACAGUUACAUAUAAGUAAAUACCUAAUGUAUUUUAAGGUCAUCCUUGGACUGUGGGGGCAAAAUGUUUUUAAAAUCUGGUCAUAAACACUACACAUAUGACCAAACGAUGUUGGAUUUGAAAGACUAAAACCAACUCAGAGCAUUUCUGAGAUGCCUGUCACUUGACAUCACAUGACAUCUGAGUUUGUGAAUGGGCACAGAAUCCCCGUUACAUAGAUGAGUUUGGCUGGAUAAGUGGUGCUACUGAUCAAUGAUGAUUGAAAGAUGGCUGCUCCCUUGGAAGUCAGGAGAAACACGUAUAUCAAAGUAUUUACUUCUAUGCAUGCAUUAAAAAUAGUAUGCAUACAGGUUAUAAAACAUAGUUACAUAGUUACAUAGAUUCAUGUAUUUUAUUUAAAUAAUCAUAAAAAUAACCUAUUUCUUUUAAAGGAUUACUUCAACCUAAAAACAGUGUUUUACUUUUUGGUUGGAGUAGCCUUUGCUGGCAUGGUUAAUAGUAAAAACCUUCUCCAGCUCUGAGACCAAUUUCUCCCGACAGCCUGAUCCUCCUCUGUUGACAUUUCCCCUCGUGGGAACUGAUGUCAAAGAGGAUGGGCUGAUGGUAGGACUUGGGCAGCAUGCUGUGAGUGCUGAUGAGAGUGCUGGCAAUAGUUCCCGCCUGUCUAAUGAUGCUCUAAUGACACUGCAGCAACAAAGUAAAUUUUCAGUAUAUGUGCAGCGUUUCAUAGUGACUCCAAACACCAUAACCACGUCAUAGCACUGAGUAAUGCUAAUUCUUUAGCAGCACAAACGGAAGGAGGUACAUUCUAUAUCUUAUCCAUGCACCCUUUCAUUGAAUAGGGACAUGGACUGUGAGAGGUCAAGUCUUUCAUAGCCUCAUUGCCUUGUUUCAUAGCCCUAUUAUCUUGUUAAAGGUCUAAAGAAACAAACUAGGUGCUUGUUUGUGUGAUUUGUAUCCAUAUGUCUUCUACUAAAAGCCAAAUGUUUUACCAAUAGCAGAUUCACUGCAGUCGUGUACUGGUUCAUACACUAGUAAGUACCUGAAAAAAAUGGAACGCAAAUUACUAAAAGAUCUGGCAAGAAAUAAACCUUGUAUUCUUAUUUAACAGGUCUCCAUGUUACAGAAUAUUCGAACAGCCAUGAGGCGACAAAUGAGACGACACUCUUCCAGGAGAGCCUCUUCUAGGCGUCGUUUAGGACGACUUUGGAACAGAUUGUUCCACAGACCACAUGCAAGAGGACAAAUCCCACUUCUAACACCAUCGUUACUUUCACAAGCAAGAAUCAGUGAGACUGAUCUCAGCAUAAAUGAAGAAAACUGGCAGAGUCCAUCAACACCUCCGGAAAGAUAUGACACACAAACACAAACCAAUGACCAGGAGGCUACAAGUGAUUUGUCAAUCAGGGAUUUGCAUCUUGACUUGGGAGCUGUAGACCAGCUCCCUUUACGUGUCUUACAGGACACAUGCACUGAUUCAAAUUCACAGACUCCGACAGAACUGUUUUUUGCAGAUUCACGCUCCAGCGAACCCACUCACAGUUAUUUUAAUCCAGCCAUAUUGGAGGAGAGAGGAGCAAUGAGUGGAGACUCUUUAAUCACUGAACUCCCCGGAUCCUUAUGUUUGGUGCCUCUAUCAAAAAGAACUAAAUCAAAUAUAAGCAAUAUAACUCCUAGCCAUCAACAGACAAAUGAACGCUUGCCUUUGCCUUUCAGGAAUCUGAAUUCCAAUAACAUAGACUCAGUAAAUGUCCAAAUUCAGGUGAAUGAUAAUCCACGCUGCUGUGUAACCCCAUAUCAGGAAGAACCAUUGGGGGUACAUGUUGAUUGUUACAACCCAGUUGAAAUGCCAACACCACAGACCUCUCAUCCCCUCUCGGACACUAGUGAUGAUGAACACUUACUGGUUUGCUAACGAGAACUUAAUCGCUGCUGUUUCUGGUCCUAGAUUUUUGGGGUUUUUUUGUAUUUCUGACCAGCAGCAUCUAUUUUUAUACAAAACAUUCUGCUAUAAGUCAUUUCUGACUUCAAAGUUAAUCUAUACCUAAAACAAUCCCAUGCAAAAGAAUAUGUGACACACACAUAUGUAUGUGUAAAAUUUUUCAUUCCUGUUUACAGGUGGGGGAGUGCUUGACCUGUUGCACGUGGUUUUUAUACCUUUAUUUCCUGUUAUUGUAGCUGCUGUAAGAUGAAGAAGGAAAUGGCAAGUGCAACUAGAAAUAUCUUCCCCCAUCAAUUUAAAAUCUCCAAAGAAUGGAAAUGUGUUAAACUAUGUAUUAAUGAAUGGUACAGAAAGGCGAUCGGAGCCCCUUCCGUUUUUACACUGUUCUUUACUUUAAUGAUGCAAACACUUAUAUAAAUCUCUAGGAACAUAUCAUGAUUUGUAAAUGGGGGGUGGGGGGAAGAUAUAAUGUUUCAUUAAUGAUAAGAACCAUAUGCAUAUCGGUAAAACAGAAUAACAACUAAACAGGAAAAAAAUGCAUCAAAAAAGAACAAUAAAAGCCAUUUCAACAAGAAAAAGUAAAACUAGUUGUGAAUCCAUGACCGAGCUGAUUUAACUGCAUAUAAGGCACUUUAAAAAAAAAAAAUGACAUUUGCCAUAAAAUAUAUUCCAUUUCUUGUCGUCAACUGAAUGCCUUUAAGUGAUGAUUCAUUUUGUGUCUUUGUGACUUUGCUUGUAAACUCUUGUCAUUUUAAUUUUCAGAAGGGCAAGAUCCCCUCUCAUACCAAUCAAGCACACUGGGUCACCGUUUUUUAUUUUUAAAUACAUUUUCCUACAGUGUAGACAUGAUAUUAUGCUGAUUCAUAGGAUUUUGGUUUGCCGAGGGUGAUGUGAUAUGAAAAUGUAUCUAUCUAUUUAAAAAUCUAUAAUGUUACAAAAUCAUGAUUAAUACACAUCUG